CUUCCACAGAACUACUCACUCCUCCUGACUUCAAGUCACUCGGAGACGACACCAAAUAAGAAGGGGAAAAGAACGGGAGGCGACUGCCGCAAACCCCUCUCUCUCUCUCUCUCGCUCUCGCUCUCGCUCUCGCUCUCCCGAACCCCAACCCGCAUUGCCCUCUUCGAUCCUCGAUCGCUGCCUGGCUUCCCUUUCGGAGGCCGUCCGAUCCUCUCCCUGGAGUCCGAGAUCGCCGUUGGUAACCGGAGCUUCGGAUGGUGCGGGGUGCAGUAGGCGGUGCGUUGAUGGGAUGUCGAGACGUCGAAUCGCGCCCCUAGCUCCUGCUGGUUUCGUUUCGGGAAGCGUAGGAGGAUCGUCUCGUCAUGUCACUGGGACAGCGGAAUGACGCAGAUGAGGAUUGAUCGAUCUGAAUCUGCUCGUCUUUAGCUUCUUCAAAGGUGAAUCUGAGGCCGCGCGCUUCGGGUUUUGUUUUGGUCGUAGUCUCUGGAUCUAGACGUAGUGAAAUGUAGAUUGCGGGCAUGGAGCAAGCACCUCUGUCAGAGGACCGAGAGAGGGAGUUGAAUUUUUUUUAGGUGGUUCGAUUGAUUCAAGAAAGUGGAGUGUUCUAGAUCGAGUUUAUGGAGUCUCGAAUGGAUCAGUACGAGAUCCUGGAGCAGAUUGGGCGAGGAGCCUUUGGUGCCGCAAUUCUGGUAAACCAUAAGGUGGAGAAGAAAAAGUAUGUUAUGAAGAAAAUCCGUCUUGCAAGGCAAACAGAGCGGUGCCGGAGGUCUGCUCAUCAAGAGAUGGCUCUGAUUUCACGACUUCAACACCCUUUUACUGUUGAGUUCAAGGAAGCUUGGGUGGAGAAGGGCUGUUAUGUUUGCAUCGUCACGGGUUAUUGUGAAGGUGGAGACAUGGCUGAGUUGAUGAAGAGAUCAAACGGAGCAUACUUUCCGGAGGAGAAAUUGCUGAAAUGGUUUACUCAACUGCUAUUAGCUGUUGAGUAUUUGCAUUCCAACUUCGUUUUGCAUCGAGACAUAAAGUGCUCAAAUAUAUUUUUGACCAAGGAUCAGGAUGUUCGCCUUGGGGACUUUGGACUUGCUAAAACUUUAAAAGCAGAUGAUUUGGCUUCUUCUGUUGUUGGAACCCCCAAUUAUAUGUGCCCGGAGCUUCUUGCAGAUAUUCCUUAUGGGUUUAAGUCAGACAUUUGGUCUUUAGGGUGCUGUAUGUAUGAGAUGGCUGCUCAUCGACCUGCUUUUAAAGCUUUUGAUAUGGCUGGACUGAUUACUAAGAUUAACCGGUCAUCUAUUGGUCCUUUACCUGCAUGUUAUUCUUCUUCCUUGAAAACUCUUAUCAAAACCAUGUUGAGAAAGAACCCAGAGAAUCGGCCAAGUGCAUCUGAAAUUUUACGUCAUCCAUGUUUGCAACCAUAUGUCAGUCAACAACGUCCAUGCCCUGAUCCUUCAAAUGUGUCACAAUCACUAGAAAAGCCCAUCUCAAUUUUGCAAGGUCAGAGUAAUAUGUCCGAAAGCCAAAGUAGCAGUAUUUCAGGCAGUGAUAAGGAGAGUUCGCAGUCGAGCAACAAAUAUACAUCAGAACUGUCAAUGAAGGGGGACCAAAAGGCAAUUGAACCAGACACUGCUUCAACUGAUGAUGGGGUAGCUUCUGAUUAUAACAGUAAUUCCCCUUUUUAUGCUAGGGGUGGUACUGAAAUCUCUGAAAUUGUUAAAGAGAGACAAGAUUCAUCAAAAGUUUUACAAGUUGAUGAGCAACAAAAUAUUGAGUCCAGGCAACCAAGAAUUUCCAAAAAUAUGCUGACCGCUUUUAAAGAGGGUGUUAAAGCUAGAGAAAGCAGUUCUCCUGUGAGAGCAAGUCGAGUAAAAGUAGUUGCUGCAUCCAACCAUAGGAGUAGUACAGAGCAAUCACCUAAGGUGUCCAAGCCCACUGGUGCCAGUUUUUCGAAGCCAAAGCCUAAUGCAGAAGCGCCACCUGAUGAACCAAUCAAGAACAUUUGUGAUUCUGAAAAACAAGUGCAAGGGUUGCAGAGCUUUAAGCACCUGUCACCUGUAUCUGAAUCCUCUCCCAAAACUAAAGCCAGAUAUGAUGAGGCUUCACGGACUGAUCCUGUUAAGCAUAUUCUGGAAGACAAUGUUCCUCCUAAGAGGAGGCAAAGGAUAUUACCACCCAGCCUCACCAGAAGGCCAACACUCCCUGCUCCAAACGCUGCUGGAGUUGACAAUCCAAGUCCUGUGGAUAACGGGAACAAGAGUCCUUCGAACAAAUUAACUCAGGAGCCAGGUGUUAGUCCAAACAAAAAAAUCUACAGCCCCAGGCAAGUCAUCAGCCUGAUGGAAGAUUCAGAGAUGAUUCCUAUUAGUCCUUCUAAAGGAAUGCAGAUUAAUAAAGAUAAUUUAGAGGUGCCACCUGUUCAUACUGAAGAUUAUCUGAUGGCAAGGGUUAAGGAGCAGAGCAAAUUGUACUCAAACUGCACGGAUGAUUGUGCUGAUGAAUCUUCACCUGCUAAAAUUUCAGAAUCCAGUCCGACAAAAUGUUCCUCUUGCACACAUUCAAGGCUUGAUUAUUCAUUUGCAGAUAGUCAAGAGCAUGACAGUGGACCUUUUCCAAACUUAGAGAUCAAUACAUUGGACUUACAGCAGAGCACUAUAAAUGAUAAAAUUACCUCCAGUUCAGUUUUAGAGCUGUCCUUAUCCGGAACGGAACAAGAGUUUGUUUUCAAAGAUGAUAUUUCUAUGAGCAAGUCUAACCAAAAUCCAAUUGUGAAACGAGUUGGUGAUGACAAGUUUAUAGUCAGAGAGCUUCUUUCAUCCAUAAAAGACAUUGCACCUUUUGUUCCAGCAUCAUCAAAGAACAUACCUGCGGAGAAGGCGCCAAUCACAAAUCAGAUCUUGGAAAGGCCAGAAGCACCUCAUAUAACCCCAGCUUUUGAAGAUGUCAUUCAUGUUAUAAGGCAUAGCAGCUUCCGCGUUGGCAGUGACCAGCCUGUGCCGGAGAGCAUGGAUAAAGGCAUCCAAAACAUGGAUCCUGGGAGACUCUUAAAUGUGGUGGAAGAGGUGGAUAUGAGAAACAUCUCACAGAACCUAGAACCACCAAGAUUUGUUGAUUCUGUGCGUAUUAAAUCGAAUGUUUCAGAAGGCAGCAUCAUCAAGGAGAAACCAAACAGCUCAGAAUCUGUGAGACCAACGUCUACAAACGUUGGAUCUGUUUCGUCGGAGUCAUUGCUUAGUUCAAAGGAAGAAGGAGGUUUCGCUAAAGAAACAUUAGAUGUAAAAUCUUUUAGGCAGAGAGCAGAGGCACUCGAAGGUUUGUUAGAGCUCUCGGCAGAUCUUCUGCAGCACAAUAGGUUGGAGGAACUUGCUGUAGUUCUAAGGCCAUUCGGGAAGUAUAAGGUGUCUCCUAGAGAAACUGCAAUCUGGUUAGCAAAGAGCUUCAAGGAGAUGAUGAGUGAGGACACCAACUGCAAAUAAUGAGGAUUCACAUCAUUCUUUUUUGGAUUACUUUUCUCUUCUCUCUUGUUGCGUGGUAGCUCGCCGACUUGGUCAUUCUGUUAUUUUUGUUCAAUUUGCACAGUUUUUUUUCUUCUGGUAUUUAUUGGUGAAGAAAUAAUGUAUACUAAGAUCUAUGAACUAAAAUAUACUUUGUUGAAUA